CCGGUGGUACACGAGCGAGUGGAAGGUGGAAGUAAGAUUAGCACUCCUGGUUGGACACCGUGUUGAACGUGUAGCACACAAAGACAGCGGUGAUUUGUGAUAUAUACAAAGCUUACAUGAGCUCAACAGAAAACAUCGCUCCGACCUCAUAUCCUGUCAGUAAGGUGACUGCUGAGGUAGAUAUCUACUUUUCUCCGGGCAUGAUAAGUGACGAUAGCUAACGGUAGCAGGCAGCAGUUCCCCCUCGUCGUUUAAAGAGCCACUCAACUACCUUGGCAGGAGCUGUCGCCCCUCUGCUUUUUUUCCGUAUAAACAUGCCGCUUCAGCUGACAAGCCAGGCUUACUGUAAAAUGCUUUUGCAUGCUGCCAAGUAUCCUCACUGCGCCGUGAAUGGACUGCUGGUCGCAGAGAAAACGAAGGAGAAAAAGAAAGAGAGCCACAGUGAUCCCGUGCUGUGUGUGGACUGUGUGCCCCUGUUUCACGGCAGUCUUGCUCUGGCACCGAUGCUGGAAGUAGCUUUAACGCUGAUUGACACUUGGUGUAAAGAAAAUAAUUACAUCAUGGCCGGAUAUUAUCAGGCCAACGAACGCACAAAGGAUUCAAGACCCAACCAAGUUGCAGAAAAAGUAGCUGCCAGGAUUUCAGAGAACUUCAACGAAGCAGCAAUUGUUAUGGUGGACAGCAGUAGAUUAACAAUGAGUUGUUUUGAGCCCAUUGUGUUUAUCUACGAUCAUCAUGAAAACAAGUGGAAAAACAGAGAAGUAACUCCUGACUCUUUCGAGGACUGGAGUGAAGCGCAGAAGAUCACGUCUGCUCUGCUCGAGGGAAAGUCCUACGAGAACUUGAUUGACUUUGACAAUCACUUGGAUGAUCUCAGGAAUGACUGGACCAACCCCGUGAUUAACAAGUCCGUCCUGGAUUUGUGCUAAGACCUCCAAGUCAAAGUUGCUGCCAUUUCAGCGUGCAUGAUGCUACUCAUUUUGUAGCACAGGAGAACAAGAAUGCUUCCAUGAAAAGGUUCCCGCAGUGACGGGAGCUUGCGGAGCACUGACCAGAUAGGUCUUUAAAGGGCAAGCGCCACAUGUGCAUUGCUGUCCUGUAUCCACCUUUACAAGGUGAUACUAAGGUAAAGAAUUGAAUGCAACUUAAAUUCAAAUUUCUUUCUUGCAACGGUUUGUCUUUAUUCAUAGUUAUGUGCAAAAAGUUAAAUUCUAGAGUAUUUAAUCUAUAUAUUUCUUCUUAGCCUCACAGAGAUCAAGUUCUAAAUUCUUAACACAUUUAGAUGAAGAUUGUACUGAUGAGAUAUGAUGUAAAACAUAUAUUCUUUAUUAAAUUUCUAGUUUAAGCCCUCAAAUGAAAUUAAAGUUUGUAGACAGAUUAAUAAUAAUAAUUAAAAAAAAGAUUGAUGAUAUAGACCCAGAAACACAGGAACCUUAAAGUUUUGUUCUGUUUUACUGUACCAACCUGUUUCUGCAGCUGCACCAGCAACAACAAAGGGAUGGUUGACUCAAGAGCUUUUUACUGAUUAAUGCUUACACAAAUGUUUCUAUAAUGCAUGUCUCUCGUCAGUGUCGCUACCGCGCUGCUGAAUGUCAUUCUAUACAAUAUGUGUGUUCAGAAAUCUGAAUUGGAUCCCAGGAAUGUGUGAAUUUAGUUUUGUCCUGGAUAUCUCUUAAAAGAAUGGAGUAGUGGUAUGUAUUUUUACUUAAUCGACAAAUCUAAGUCCAUCUAUUUAAGAAGCAACAUUUUUGACAGACAUUUUAUGAACUGAAUGUAAAAUGAAAAAGAUUUUCUGAAAGGA